AUGAUGCCGUUUCCGGUGACAACCCCAGGAUCACAACAGACCCCACCGUCCCCCAAGCUCUAUGGCAUCUCCUCCCCCAUCAGUUUAGCUGCCCCCAAGGAGACAGACUGCAUACUUACUCAGAAAUUAAUUGAAACCCUGAAGCCCUUCGGGGUUUUGGAAGAGGAAGAGGAACUGCAGCGCAGGAUUUUAAUUUUGGAAAAAUUAAAUAAUCUGGUAAAGGAAUGGAUACGAGAAAUCAGCGAAAGCAAAAGUCUCCCGCCAGCUGUCAUUGAAAAUGUUGGAGGCAAAAUCUUUACCUUCGGCUCUUACCGAUUAGGAGUGCACACAAAAGGUGCCGACAUAGAUGCGCUGUGCGUUGCACCGAGACAUGUCGACCGAAGUGACUUUUUCACCUCCUUCUAUGAUAAAUUGAAACUACACGAAGAAGUAAAAGAUUUAAGGGCUGUUGAGGAGGCAUUUGUGCCAGUUAUCAGACUGUGUUUUGAUGGGAUAGAGAUAGAUAUUUUGUUUGCAAGAUUAGCACUGCAGACUAUUCCAGAAGAUUUGGACCUGAGAGAUGACAGUCUGCUUAAAAAUUUAGAUAUUAGAUGCAUAAGAAGCCUUAAUGGUUGCCGGGUAACGGAUGAAAUAUUACACCUGGUACCAAACAUUGACAACUUCAGGUUAACUCUCAGAGCUAUCAAACUAUGGGCCAAGUGCCACAACAUCUAUUCUAAUAUAUUAGGUUUCCUAGGAGGUGUUUCCUGGGCCAUGCUAGUAGCAAGAACUUGCCAGCUCUACCCAAAUGCUGUAGCAUCAACUCUUGUACGUAAAUUUUUCUUGGUAUUUUCUGAAUGGGAGUGGCCAAAUCCAGUGCUCCUAAAAGAGCCCGAAGAACGAAAUCUGAAUUUGCCUGUGUGGGACCCAAGAGUAAAUCCCAGUGAUAGGUACCAUCUGAUGCCCAUAAUCACACCAGCUUACCCACAGCAGAACUCCACGUACAAUGUGUCUGUUUCAACGAGGAUGGUCAUGAUUGAGGAGUUUAAACAAGGGCUUGCUAUCACACACGAGAUUUUGCUGAGUAAGGCAGAGUGGUCCAAGCUUUUUGACGCUCCGAGUUUCUUUCAGAAGUAUAAGCAUUACAUUGUUCUCCUAGCGAGUGCACCGACAGAAAAACAGCACCUGGAAUGGGUGGGCUUGGUGGAGUCAAAGAUCAGAAUCCUGGUCGGGAGUCUGGAGAAGAAUGAAUUUAUCACGCUGGCACAUGUGAAUCCUCAGUCAUUUCCAGCACCCAAAGAAAAUCCUGACAAGGAAGAGUUUUGUACAAUGUGGGUGAUUGGGUUAGUGUUGAAAAAGCCAGAAAGUUCUGACAUGCUCAGUAUUGAUCUCACCUAUGACAUCCAGUCUUUCACUGACACAGUUUAUAGGCAAGCGAUAAACAGUAAGAUGUUUGAGAUGGAUAUGAAAAUUGAUGCAAUGCAUUUAAGAAAAAAGGAACUUCAUCAGCUACUACCUAAUCAUGUGCUUCAGAAGAAAACACAUUCUGCGGAAGAUGUCAGAUUGACAGCCUUGAAUGACAGCAGUCUUGACUUGUCUGCAACCAGUGAGAACAGCAUGGCUGCCAUGAAGGCUGGCACUGUCACUGGCACCUGUCAGGGCAGGAACAGUCCCACACUGGCUGUAGUGGCAGCGUCUGUGACCAACAUGCAAGUUACUGAAGUGUCCUUGCAGCAAGUGAGUCCUGGUGAGGACGCCCGGGGUGCACUGAGUGAAAGCGUGCCUCAGACAGCCCCCCAGGCAGUCAUUUCUCCUCCACCAAAGCCCUCGAUCACUAGAGUUGUUUCUUCAACGCUUUUGGUAAACCACCCACCCAGGCCUUCAGGGAGCACAGCAACAAACAUAGCUAAUCCUAUCAUUGGAGUCUAG